ACUUUUAAUAAAAAGUUUAUAGUAUAAUAGUGAUAGGACAUGGUGAAGGAAGGAACAAACAAAGCCCUAACUUUUAAGUAUAUCUUGCUUAUCUUAAUCCUCGGCUUCUUCAAUCUCUUUCAUUAUAUUUAUGCCCCACAUCAACAGUCCCUCUGAAUUUAAAAAGAGAAGAAAGUUUUUUCUUUUUAUAUAUUUUUUAUUGUAAUGGGGUUGCACAGAACUCUAAAGAAUGUCUUUGCAUAUGAAGUAUAUUAAUUAGUGUUAUUAUAGCAUAUAUUUAUCAUUGUCAAGCUUCUUUUCUAUUCAACUUGGCUCAUUGUGUUUAUGUUAGGAGUAUAUUGUGAGUAUAGUAGAGUUUGACUUUUCUCUGAUAUUAAAUGAUGACAUAUAUUUCAUUUAAACCUUGCUUUUUCUUUUUGGCUUGUUCCUGUGUAUUAUGACUUAUGAGUUGUUAGUAACUUGCAUAAUUAUUGCAUCUCAAGGUUGAAAAAUGUAUAUGAUGUUAUAUAAAUACCAUCACAUUCUUUUUCUCAAAGUUAGUUAGUAUUAGAGAUUUGGUUUGCUUUAGUUCUUUGGAUAACAAAAAAAAGAAUGUUUCUUGCUUUCUUUAUAUUGAAAAAUGGGGAAAACCAUGUGAGAUAUGUGGAGAUAUUGGCUGGGAUGAAAGCGAAACAGAUCCAGAAGAAGUGACCCUCUUAACUUGCUCCAAGUGCAAAGUAACUCGUGAACACAUGUAUUGUAUCAGUAUCACCUCUUCUAAUUACUGCAGAUUCAGGGCUUUAAUUUUUCAAAAGCACCUACUUGUCACAUUUUUUUUUGAUGUCGAUCUAUCUGUCUUAGUUUGAUUUUUCUCGUAUGAAAUGCUCUUUUUAUCUUAAAGUUUGUGACCUCUGUUUUGAAAUAAUUGUCAUAUAUACUGAUUUGGUAUGUUUAGAGAAAUCUGUCACCUCUCUUAAGAUAGUAAUAGUCAAUAAAUAUUUGUGCUUAGUUGGGUGAUGGAGAGAGUGUAACAAUGCAAAAAUAUUAUAGACAAUUAUUUCCAAAUUCAGGAAAUAAUAGUGUUUAAGACAAGAGAAAGAUAACAUUUAAUUACAUAGGACCAUGAAUCAUAUAGUGUUAUUAUCUCUUAAUGCAGUUAGGAGAUGUAAUGUUUCUUUCCGGGUGAAGGAAACACCUUUGAUUUUUUCUUGUAUAUCAAAAGAGGAAGUAAUCAAUUGCAUCUUAAACUUGUCUUUUGGAGAUAGUGUAACAAUGCAAAAAUAUUAUAGGCCUCGUUUGGUUCACAUGGGAAGUAAUUUCCCAUGGGAAUGUACAUUUCAUGGAAAUUUUUUUCCCUUGUUAAUUUCCUAGGAAUUAGACAAAAUUGUUUGGUUGACACCAUAGGAAAUUGCAUUUCCUAGGAAAUUACUCACCAAGGGGGGGCUUGGUGAGUGAUUUCCCAUGUUUCAUGGGAAAUAGAAUUUCCCUUGGAAUUUGUAUUUCCUAUGCUUCUCCCAUUUCCCUCCAACCAAACACAACACCCAUAAUGUGUUUCCUAGGAAUUUGUAUUUCAAAGGGAAAUAGCUUCCAACCAAGCAACACCAUAAUACCUCUUGAUGGAGAUUGUUGAAAAACUCCAAGAAGCGGUCUUUUCCUCAUCUUGCUUUAAAUUAUUGAAAGCUUAAGUCAAACCUUCCCCUCAAGAAAAGCUGAAGUCAAACCUUAUAUCUGGAAAAAGGUGUACCUUCAUGAUUUUAUAAAAAUUGCUGCUUCAAGCUGCAACAUUAAUGUAUAGAGAAUAGAGACCUAGACUCUAGAGGAAUUAUAACUUAGUAGUGUUUGGUUGAUGUUCUACAUAGAUGAAACACAGCAUGGUCUGAUAGUUGUUUGCCACUUGUUGCAGCUCCUUUGUUUGAUUCAUAGUCUUCAAUCAUCACUUAUUGGCAUCUGUCGGAUAAAGUGUUAAUUGCUAAAAGAUUAUUAAUGUUUUAUAGCCUCAUUUUAUAUUCCAGUUAUUGCAUGAAAGUAAAGUAUGGAGGCGAUCGGAGAGAAUGGGUUUGUGAAGAAUGUGACUCCUCCAAGGAGAUAUUUUCGUCAAAACCUGCUUCAAGCAAACAGAGUGGUGUGAGAGGGACACAAUUUAUUAGGAAACCGCCUAAAAAAUCCAAGGUGCAGUAUUUAACACCUGAGGAAGCAAGGUCCCUAGAAUCUGGAGCAAUGAGAAAGACAUCCUCAUCACCAAGUAAAUCGAAUUAUGGACAUGGGGCAUCCACUUCAAAGAAAGCGAAUACUGUAUUCCAGAAAGAGCAUGGUUGGGGGGACUCACCUGUAGUGAAAUAUUCUGCUAAAGAUGUGCAAACAUCAAAUACUAUGAUGCGGAAGGAAACAGAUGGACCUGCACGGAAACAUCGUGGGGAGAAUCCAACUGCUAAGCAGUUAACUUUUGGGAAACUUCCGAAGCCUGGAGUAAUUUCAGGUGGACAUGCACGACAAUUAUGUACGGUCCCUCCAACUGCUAAGCGUAUGCCUCGUAAAAAUGUUAUAAAAGAUGACGUAAAUUCAGGGAAUACCUCUCUGAUAGUCCAGUCUCUUCCUACUGUAAGUUCAGGUUUGGAUGUUUCUGUUGUGGCUGAGCCGAAGAAUAUUGUUUUUAAGGCCACGGAGUCUCCGAGAGAUACAACGGUGUUUGAUAGAUAUCUACCAAACCCUCCUGCCAAUCCAACAUGGAAGGGAACUUUUAAGAUCAUCACUGAGAGUUUAUCGUCUAGUUUCCUCUAUGAAAUUCAAGCCCAUCCUUCAUGUAAACUUCGGAGAAGAGUAUAUGAGCUGUCAAGACAACUUCCCAUGACACUAGUGUUUGAAAUGCUGCCCCGACAGAAGUUUUGGUUGGAUUUUUUCGAGGAUGAUGUCCCUGGUGAGCUUGACAUUGGACUAUAUUUUUUUCCCUCUAGGACGUUCGAUCUGGAAGGAGGUUCUGCAUUGCCUAGUAAAUCAACUUGUGGACAUGAACAAAGUUAUUAUUCCAUUUUGGAGUACGUGGAUGGGCAUGACUUGGUCAUGAGAAGUCGUUGCAUUGAUGAAGUGGAGUUGUUUGUUUUUUCUUCUAAACAUUUGCAAGAGAAAUCCCGUUUUAUGAACCAAAAGCAUUUCUUGUGGGGGGUAUUUUGUCCUUCUGACGCUAACAGAGUUGCGCCAAAGGAAAUUAUGCUUGUCCAAAAUUCAGAGGUGAGAGACAUAAAUGAGGAGCAUGAAGCCGAAGACAUGGAUGUAGACAUGUUAGGCGGACAUGAAGUGGGUACAGUUGAUGUGGUUGUCCCCAAACCCUUAUAUGAAUCUUGUGGGAACCAGAAAGAAGGUGAGUUGGAGAUCAAAGCAUCAUCAGAAAAUGCAGCAGGAGCAGCUCUUGAAUUCUCUCUUAUCAAGGUAAAAAAAGAGCAGACUGAUGCCAUAGAAGAAACAUCUCUUCCUUAUACCAUAUCGUCGUGUGUUGAAGAUGAACUGGAAUUCGAGAAAGAACUACAAAAGAGCUUCGACAGGUUUGCAGCAAUAAUGCAAGUACAUGAAGUUGGUUGUUCGAAAACAGAUGUCAAAGAAGAAGUGGACGACGUCUAGGAGGUUGGCUACGGCAGAAAUAUCACAUGUAAUUACUCGCUCUGCAGCAUCGAUGUCUUUACAGUAGGCCAAUACCAGAAAUGUACAGUCAUUCUAGAAAUUUGCAGCUAACAGUAGCAAUUAUUUUUGAUAUAUGACAGAAUCACAGAAACAGCUUAAUUCAAUGGGAAAUUUGUAUAUUCUGUGACCCCUUCUUCCUGUUC